AUGUCGGUCCGCGUCGUCGCGAGGAUACGCCCGCUCCUCGAGAAGGAGCUGGACAAGGACGUGAUUGUGCGCGCCGAUGGCGUAGAGCCCGGCAAGCCCAGCACCGUCGUCAAGAUCCCGAACCCCAAGAACGAGGCCGAGGAGUUCUCCUUUGCCUUCAAUGGCGUCUACGACCAGGCCACGUCCCAGGAGGCCUUGUUCACCGCCGAAGUGCAACCGCUUCUCAAGUCGCUGUUCCAGGGCUACGAUCUCACCAUCUUCGCGUACGGCGUCACCGGUACCGGCAAGACGCACACGAUGCGAGGCGGCCUCAAGCUGGCCGACCGAGGGGUGAUACCUCGGCUGCUGAGCGGCGUCUUUCGCCGGGGCAAGAAGAUUAUGAAGGACACGGAGGGCGACACGACGGUUCGCGUCACUCUGUCGUACUACGAGAUCUACAACGACAAGGUGUACGACCUCCUCGAGCCGCCCGAGAAGCGAACGCCGUCGGGGCUGCCCCUGCGCGCCGAGGCCAACGGCAGGACCGUCGUCGCCGGCCUGUCGGAGCGGGCCUGCGGGGACCUCAAGGACUUUGAGAAGAUGUACAUUGAGGCCAACAACAACCGCGUCACGGCCGCGACCAAGCUCAACGCCCACAGCAGCCGCAGUCACGCGAUCCUGCGCGUCAAGCUGACGCAGACGACGGGCACCACGGUGCGCGAAAGCACCGCGUCCGCCAUCGAUCUCGCGGGCUCCGAGGACAACCGCCGCACCGACAACGACAAGGAGAGGCUGGUCGAGUCGGCGGCCAUCAACAAGAGCCUCUUUGUUCUCAGCCAGUGCAUCGAGGCCAUUGGCAGGGGCGACAAGCGGAUACCGUACCGCGAGUCCAAGAUGACGCGCAUCCUCUCGCUCGGCCAGAACAAGGGCAUCACCGUCAUGAUCCUGAAUCUGGCGCCACUGCGGAGCUACCACCUCGACACCCUGAGCAGUUUAAACGUUAGCACCCGGGCGAAGCGGAUCGAGGUUCGCGAGAUUGAGAACGAGGUCGUGUUCAAGCAGGUUCCUAGGACGAACUCAGGCUCCGGCACGGCCAUCGCGCGCCAACCGCUGCGGCCGCUCGCGAAUGCGCACAACGCGCACAACGUCCACAACGGCAACAUUGCUGCCAAGGCUGCCGCCGCCGACUCGUCCAAGCCGGUUAAGGCAUUCAGCGUGUACACGGACAAGGCGAAGCCGUCGGCCAUAGCGCGGCCCGCGGUCGCCGUGAGCCUCGUGCCGCGCCGAAGCUCCCAAAAGCGCCCGUCUGACCACGAGGUCGUCCCGCGACCUACCAAGAUUGCCAAGCCAGCAGCCGAAGAGUCGGUGACGGUGUCUGCGGCACAGAUCGAGGCCAUGGUGGAGAAGAAGGUCAGCGAGAUCCUGGCGGCGAGGACUGCUGCCGAAAAGGCGAGCGCGGCGCCGCCGCCGCCUGUCCAACCCGAUCUCAGCGAGGCCGUGCAAAGACGUCUCGACGCGCUCGAAAGACGAAUCGAGAGUGAGGACUGGCGCGAAGACUCCAAGUCGGACGGUCUCCGCUACCUGCUGGCGGCCCGGCAGCACAAGGAGAGGGGCGAGGAGGCGGCCGCGCUCAAGGCGUACGAGAUGGCCCUGCCGUACUUUCCCGGCCAGGCCAAGCUGCUUGGAAAGAUUGAGCGCCUGCGAAUCCGCUUGGGGAUGUCCAGCGCAUCCACAAUCGACCACCGAAGCCCGGCAAACUCGGCGAAGAAGAGGCAGAGACGCCGUAUUGUCACAGACGAUGACCGCGAAUACAACGACGCCGACGCCGACGGCGAGGAAGGUCGCCUCUCCAGCCCAGCCAAGAGCAAGCCACGCAAGAGUCGGGCCCCGUCGAGGCCGACCAUGUACAUCAACGACGAGUACUCGGGGCCCCCGUCGCCGCGCACGUCGCAGCUGCUGGACGUGGUCAACUCGCGCGACCUGACGCGGAUACGCGGCCUCGUCGGCUUCGGGGCCAAGAGGGCGCGCGACCUGGUCGACUACCUGGAGCUGGCCGCCAUGGAGGACGAGGCGGGCGCGCGCAUCGAGAACCUGACGCAGCUGCGGGCGCUCCCUGGCAUGGGCGGACGGACCGUAGAGCGGGCCUACGAAGGCCUCAUGAUGGCGUAG